UCGAAAAGGAAACAGACCUUCAAAAUUAAAUGUAAAUCGGUGAUAAAUACGAUAAUGUCGACCGCGAUGAAUUUCGGAAUUAAGUCGUUCAAACCUCGUCCUCCUGAUAAAGGAUCCUUCCCAAUAGACCAUUUCGGUGAAUGUAAAGCAUUCAAAGAGAAAUUCAUGCAAUGUCUUCGAGACAACAACUUUGACAACUCGCUGUGCCGAUUGCAGUCCAAAGAGUAUCUGGAAUGUAGAAUGGACAGGCAUUUGAUGGCCAAGGAGCCUCUGGAGAGGCUCGGUUUCAAGGACCUGUUAGACGAAGGCAGCAAAGAGACAAAAACUUCAUAACAAUUUAGCAUCAGGUUGAUGAAUUAUUAAUAACUCACAGUUCAUUUGUUUAUUUAAAAUAAGAAAGCAGUUUCUGUAUAUUUAUAUAACAAUGUUUUUGUAUUUGCUUCUAAUCAGUUUCGUGGAAGAGAAUUAAUAUUGGAUUAAAUGUUGAGUAAAUAUUAACUAGCACUGUAUUGAUUCCAAUUAAGUCUAUUAUGAAGCCAUGAUCAUUGGCUUUUCUAAUUAAACUGGUUAAAAAUACACAACAUUUAUUAAGCAAGACAUUACCCUAGUUCAGAUGCAGGUUGUUACAUGUGCAAAAGGUGUGAAUUCAAUAACAAAUGUAUGCUAUAUUCUCUGUAAUGUUAUGCCCCAAUGAACAUCUGUAUUAGAGGAAAAUUAAUUCUAGGCAUAAGGUCAAGGUCUUAGUGGCAACCCACUGAUUUGACUGUUAAAGUAUGAAAACUGAUGCCUAUUUUUUAAUAAAAUCCAAAAAACACCCA